CGUUCCAACGGCAACGCAACACUGAUCCUACUGAACGCCCCGCGGUUCGCAGUAACGUGGCUCACAUCACAGCCACGCGGCCUUGGGGUCUAGAGCGGAUGUAGAACCGCGUGCGCACAGAAACACUGUAACAUGGCACGAGGGAGCGUAAGAUGACUGCUGGAGCGGGAAAGAAGGGCAGCGAGGAGGAGUCGACAGUGAUCGGAAUGGCUUCCACACGAAUCCGGAAGUAGCAGGAAGUGUCGCUAUCGAGCCGCACGAAUGGUCUUGAGCAACUGUGCGCCUAACUAAUAAUAUUUUUUAGGGAGUAAAAAGAAACGGUUGUUGCUGACAAUAUUGUUUUGCCCCCCGAGAAGAUGUCCUGGUUCUUUAAAGGAUUCCAGGGCUCCAGCCUGCAGCCCCCUCCCUCAGGCGCAAUACCUCCAGCAAUGGAUGGGCCAUCUGCCCCAACAUUAACUGUCACCCCCCAAGAAGUCAAUUCCUUAGCCAGACACGAGUGGUGCUGCCCCCAGACUUUCUCGGCCAACGAAAAUCUUGCAGAUUUCCCUUCGCCUCCUUGUCACACUGCGCCCCCAAACCUGGGGGAAAUGUCCUGCAGUUCACUGGGCCCAGAAGUUCCCAGGGACCCCAUGCCACUCUCCUACGUGACCCAGCAGGAACAGAGGUGUGUGCUGAGCUGGUUCCUGGGCUGGGCACUACCCCAGAGGGAGCGCUUCCUACAGGACUUGGUCUCCAAGGCUGUGCCAGGAAAGGUGUGCACUCUGCUGGAGCAGCUCAACACGCUGCAGGUGCGUGACCGACCACCCAACAUCUUCGAGUGUCAGCUGCGCCUCUGGUCCCAGUGGUUUGAGUCAUGGAGUGAAGAGGAGCGGAAUGCCUUCCUACAUGCUCUGGAGGAGAAAGACCCCACCUUUGUUUCUCACUUCUAUAGAAUAGUGGCUGGCACAGCAGGAAGGGACUGAAGGAGAGCACUGAAACUCUGUUUUCAGCUGAGUGGAACGAGGGCAUUGGAGUUGAAGGUGGUGGGAGAGCAAGAGAAGCUGUGGGCCUUUGACCCAGUAAUACAAAUGGGUGACUGGAACUGUUUGCCACGUGGGAGCACUGGGUUGAGGGAGUCGGGUGCUCUGGGAGGGAAAGGGCGGCACUUAACAGAGCUUUACACUGAUUUCUACAGCUGCACUUGGAGAAGAGUGAGUAGUGUGGAGAGCCAAGAGUGAGGACUGAAGGAAUGGUUAUCUGGGGUCCAAAAACCACAGAGAAAGGGUUGUUGGGGGAGGCAUUGUGUGCUACACUUACACUUGGGAUUCUGCAUGCUUCAGAAUCACUGCGGCAUAGAAGUAAUUUCCACAGUGAUGCACAGGCAUGGUAGUCUCUUAUCUCACAGAAACAACUGGACACAUUGGGCUGCCUGUUGCCCCCACCAGCGCAGGGCAGUGUGAAGCAGAUGACUAAAGCCAUAGUUCAGCCCCCAACCUUGA